CCCUUAAUUAACCGAUUACAUCUUGUCGAUCGGGUGUUAGAAGGCGGGGUACACACGAUGGUGAGGAGAGAAGUCUAUAUAAUCGCUCCCCACCCGUUUGAACGCCUUCGCCAUACCCUGAUUUGCACGUCAUGCAGGCAGGUAGGCAACCACAAUGACUGUCAUGUGGGGAGGCAGUCAGGAAGCAUAUGGGAAAACAGACAGGAAAUCAGGUAAACUGCUCAGCAGUCACGCAGGCACGCUAGCAGACAGACAGGUUACGGACAUGAGAAGCGACGGAUGGGUAUGAGGGGUUUAAAGGGAGAGAAUGGGCAACUUAUUUCGUUUUUUAUUUUUAUUUAUUUUUUAUAUAUAUUUCUUACAUAUUUUUUUUUUUGAAUGGGCAACUUAUUUACAAGACAGACUUGUAGAAAGGUUAACAGAAGAAGAAGAAGGAUGUGACACAAGAUAAUAGACACACUAGAUAGGAAUCGAGAUAUAAACACACGCAUGCACGUACACGCAAACAAAGGGAUAAUCAUGAUUUCAGAUAGAGCUAAGCACAAGAUAAAAAUAAAUAAAUAAACGUGUGUGUGUAUAUAUAUAUACAAAUGAAAUCCAAAUGAAAAUGUAAUGUUGAUACUUUAUUUUAAGACUCGAACCAAAUCCAGAACAGCCUCCUACAAAGGUCACCCCCGCAUCGACCAUCGACCUACACAGGGACACAAGGCAGGUUGGUGCGACUUGGAUCCUGUUUAUCAACAGCAAACUGCGAAUAACUUCUGUCACCUAUAUAGUCGUCCGCCUGCAGUGGCCUCCCCUUCCGCUGCUCUCUAGUUUUCUUCCGACCGAGAAGUUACCCGUCCUGCGGGCUUCUGUGCGCCAUUAAGAGCUCCCCCCUCCGACUUGCUGAUUGGAAGAAACUUUUACCAUCGUCACAGUUUCAGCUGAUUUUCGAUUCAUCAAGGUUGUGAAGGUGUCACCGAAGAGGAUGUACUCGAUGUUCCCACGUUACCUCGUCGUCAUUACGACCAUCUCCAUCUUCCUUGUGCCUCAUCAACAUUCAUCUGGAGGGAAGCAUGACCCACAAACCACGCGCAGUCUCCGAGGUGUAUCGCCCGCUUGGGCUUGCGGCUGAUGUGAUGACGUCAGAGAAGAUGGCGAUUCCAAACCUUAUGCGGAAGUUACCUGAUAUUAGUAAACACAGGUCUGACUAUAAAAGGAGGGAAAACAGCGAACAGGCUUAUAAAGAAGCGGUGACUCCAAAACGUCCCCCAUUGCGAAAGGACUCCGAUAUUUAUCCCCCCUGGUGGCUGCAGUCGUAUCCGCAGUCAGCCGUGUCCAGCCGCCGAGGGGUGUUCACUGGGGAUGAGCCCCUGUUCCCGCCAUGCCCCGAGAGAAGACCGGCAAGUUCAAAGACACUUACGUCAGGGAGGUAAUGAGGAACCCCGACAGUACCUUAACAGCACCAAGAAUCCAUGCUGGUUCGACAACUCCACGUACCCGAACCUGCUUUGUCUCCCUUACUUCUACGUGGCUGGCGUUGCCAAGUCGGGUACGUCUGACCUUUUUCGCCGCAUUGCCCUCCACCCGGACGUCAUGGAAGGCAUGAAGAAAGAAUAUCACUGGUGGGACUAUGGCCGGUACAUGGAAGGAGGCAACAUACCCCUCGCGGAUUACGCAAGAAUGGUUACCGGAGAACAGGGUUCAAAGACUGUCGAAAGUGAAAUUUUGACGAAAGGAACAUCAGAUAAAAUAUUUGGUGACAGAUCGACAUCCAUUUUUCGGGACGUCCACCGCUGGAGGUUUCUCGAUGGCAACCGAGGUUGUCAAGAACCGCGUGUUUUGAUUGGGCACCACAUUCGGCACGUGACCCCUAUGGCACGAAUAAUUCUUUCCUUUCGUCAUCCCACAUACAGACUUUACUCUCGAUUCCUGGCGCGCAUCCCGGAGCUCAAGCGAGGCAGCUCAGUCACGUUCCACAAGCUGGUGGUGAAGGCAGUGAGACUGUACAGGGACUGCUUCGCACGCUUGUCCUUGCGGCACUGCGCCUACAACGAAACACUGUUCGAGUCCACAGGGGUUCGGCUUGUAGGAGGGAUGUACUCCAUCUUCCUGGAGGACUGGCUGAGGAUUUUCCCACGGAGUCACAUCUAUGUCAUGCGUUACGAAGACUACGCAACGGACAUGUUGACAGAAAUCAACAAAAUCUACGCCUUUCUACAUCUAGCGAAGCUGAACGGAACUGUCAUGAAAGGAGUCCUUGACGACGUGAAGCUGAAGGCGGGGAUCCUCUACGAGAAAGUCGGACCGAUGAUGCCGGAGACGAUGGACAUUCUCAACGACUUUUAUGAGCCGUUCAUGGAGAACCUGGCCGACAUUCUUCAGGACGAGCGGUUCUUGUGGCGCGACAUGGAAAUACCGUGACCUAUGACCCCAAAACAAUUUGCAGGAUUGAACUUUGAACUUAGGAAUAAAUGUGUGUGUUGAUGGAAAGA